UGAUGGCCUGCACCCGGAGGAACCUGGGUAUGAUCCAGGAACUACUGUCCCAUGAGGCUGCCCAUAUGCUGAAGAACAAGGACGGCUGGAACUCCUUCCACAUCGCCUGCAGGAAGGGAGACCCAGCGGUCAUACAGCACCUCCUACUGGCCAACCCGGAAGUCUGGAGGACAGAGAGUAAAACGCUGAGGACUCCUCUGCACACUGCAGCAAUGCACGGCUGUGAAGAAGUGGUCAGCAUCUUGGUACAGAGGUGUGGUUAUGUUCCGGAUGGCAGGGACAGCUGUGGGGUCACUCUCUUUAUGGACGCAGUGAGGAACGGACACAUAUUUGUUGCCAAACUACUGCUGGAGAAGCAUCAGGCCUCUCCGACUGCAGCAGACAUCCCGGGGGCCCAGUCGGUGCACCAUGUUGCUGUCACAGCCCAAGAGGAGGCGCUAGAGUUCCUAGUGAGGGAUCUCGGAGUGGACGUGAACCAGACAGCCACUGACAUGCAGCUCACAUCCCUGCACUACGCUGCCAAGGAGGGCCACACAGGCACAAUCAAAGCACUCCUCACAUUAGGAGCAGGUACUGAACAGGUACUGUAGAGAAGUGGUUCCCAAACUGUGGGGUGAGGGGUCGGCAGGCAUGCUCCCCCCCAAAAAACAGACAUGCUCCCCCCCCAAAAAAGUAUAUUAUUAUUAUUUUUAAACAUUUUUAA